CAAAAGGCUACCCACAAUAUCCCCAUUGUUCACUGGCAUCAUUGUUGGACUGACCUCCCAGCUGUUCAGCCAUGGCCCCAAAGAAAGCCAAGAAGAGGACAGCAGAGGGAGCCAACUCCAAUGUGUUCUCCAUGUUUGAGCAGGCUCAGAUCCAGGAAUUUAAAGAGGCCUUCACCAUCAUGGACCAGAACAGAGACGGCUUCAUCGACAAGAAUGACCUGAGGGACACUUUUGCAGCUCUUGGACGCCUCAACGUGAAGCAGGAAGAGAUCGAUGACAUGCUCAAAGAGGCUCCUGGCCCAAUCAACUUCACCGUCUUCCUCACCAUGUUCGGUGAGAAGCUGAAAGGUGCUGAUCCAGAGGAGACCAUCCUCAACGCGUUUAAAGUCUUCGACCCUGAGGGGAAAGGUGUGCUGAGGAAGGACUAUGUGACACAGAUGCUAACAACACAAGCAGACCGAUUCUCCCCCGAAGAGAUGGAGCAGAUGUUCACUGCCUUCCCCCCAGAUGUGGCAGGGAACCUGGACUACAAGAACCUGGUUCACAUCAUCACCCACGGAGAGGAAAAGGACCAGGAGUAAACCUUUUUUUGUCAGCAUGUUCACCAAAUAGAAAGUCCACCUUUUGCCGGUAUAUGACUUGAAGCUGGCCCACUGCCCUUGAAGGAGAUAUGGACAGGGGUGUAUUUAUUCAUCUUUAUGUUGGCCGCAUCUUCUCUGUCCAGCACUCACUCAAGAGCACAAGAGGCUCAGGAUGAAAUUUUAUCGUCCAGGCCCCCAAAGCGGACACUUCACCAGCAUCAACAUAGCGAGCUGUCUCAGUUUCAGCCUUUUCCACAUUCAGCUGAGGCUAAUUCAAUUAUUUUUCCUCAUCAUUUUAUACACUCAAAACCACAUGCCUGUAUUUUUUAGUAGAAAAUGUCCAUUUGCUAGGUCUGUGCAUGUUCGUCUAAUAAAAGUGUUCAAAG